AGAGUUCACUUUAGUUCACGCAGAAACAGCCAAACCCUGCAGCACGUGAUGGGAAUUCUGGUUUUUUUACCUAUACACGCCUGGUCAAUGUUGUGGCAAAUGUAAACUUAAUGCCAAAGCCACCCAAAGUCGUUAGUUGUAGGCAGGUUCCUAUGGGCCUGUAGGUUACUGUUCCAAUCCCUCAAUCACCAGGGCAAAACACUGUAAACAUUGCAUAUUUAUUUCCACUCGCCAGUCCAUUGCAGGGACAAACAACCAUUCACUCUCACAUUCACACCUAUGGGCAACAACCCAUUGCAUGUUUUUGCAAGGCCGGGUCACGAACCUGGGUCUUUUUGCUGCAAAGGCGAGAGUGUAAGAAUAAUUCUUAUUAAGAAUAUUUACUCAAAGGCUUAUGGCCAAAGGUUAACUACUUAAACUGUACACAAAUACACAAAAAGUAAUCCUGCAUUAAUCAUUUAAACUAAACAAACUCAAUACUGGCUCCUACAGUCAAUACUAAGCAUAGAGAAUAAAGAUAUGAAACAGAAAUGGACAAAUCCCUGUAAACUGAGUGGUAAGCAUAACGUGGGACCUAAACUCGGUGAUGUCAGUGUAAAUGUUGGUGUAAAUACUCACUUGGAGUUACGGAUGGUGGUAAUAGAUUCUGGCAGUUAAGGUCACCGUGACCUUGAAGAUUCAUAACCUCUGAAUUCAUACGAUUCUGUUCCUUCAAUUUUUCCCUGGAUAGAGAGAUUUAAAAAACAAAAACAAAACAAAAAACAACCUUGGUGGAGGCAAACAACCAUGAGGCGUUAAUUCUAGUUGUGUACAUUAAGCUGAUUCUGUAUGUAUACACAACAAGCAACAUUUUAAAAGGGAAUCAUUAUGGUAUGUACUGCACACACUUAAGUAUUUAGCCAAUUACUACUCCCGGCUGUUUUCAUGUGGGCAGGCAGUUUGCGUGACCUUCAGCUGACGCAGACACGAUCACGUAACAGCACCUUGCAGGGGGAGAGCAACGCGAUAGCAUCCAGGCUGAAAUGUAAGCAAUAUUCCUGUCACACAGGGUGAGUGUUUGUUUUAACAUGAAUGCACGAGCCUGCAGGAGACAAAACACCGCAGCGCAGCAUCAAGAAAUGAACCUCGUGUGACUGAAUAAUAAAUGGGAGUCAGUCAGGCACCCACAGGCUGCAGGGUGACAUCACAGCUGCGUCACUCGUGCUGCUGAGAGAGGAGGGGCUGAGAGGUGAAACGAUGCAGUGGUCAGAGAACAGAGAGAUAGAGCUGGUGAGAGAGGUGUUGCAAGAGAGGACAGAGGGAUAGAAAUCAUGUCAGCCUCAUGGGGGAAACUCUUUUUCCAGCUCGUCCUGCUCCUUGCCUCCUGUGGACACAUCAAUACAAAGACACCGAGCCCAACGUCUCCAUCGCUGGAUCCCAUCAGUCCGCUGCCGUCAGAUAUAAGACGCGUUGUCCUUAAAGGCGAAAGUCACACGGAGAAAGUUGAGCUUCUGAACCCGGUCGACCUUGCACUCGAGUGCAUCUGGAGCGGCAAUGAGAACAAAAGUCCAAACAUCACCGGUUACUGGAGGAAAGACGGAGAGGAAAUGCAGAGCAUCCGCGUCACGGUGCAGCUGGAAAAUGACAAGUAUACCCUCAGACAAGUGUUCAAAAUUGUCAGCAAGGAAAACCUUGGGAGUUAUUCGUGCUCGUUUGGAGAUGAAGCUAAAGUAGAUUUUCUUUUGGCAGGACCACAGAUUGGUGAGGUGCGAGAUAAGCCCAUCGUCAGCUAUGUGGGAGAUUCUGUGGUGGUCAAGUGUAAAAUGGAUGAAAAGAAACCAAAGCCAGUGUCCUGGAACUGGUACAGGGCAAAUGGCACGGAUAAAGAGCAGAUUUUCUACGCUGCAGAGCCUCAAAAGUAUGAAAUCAAAAAUCAUGAGUGGGCGACCAAGCUGGUGGUGCACAAAUUGACAGAGGGAGACUCGGGCUUUUAUUACUGUGAAGGGGUUUAUGCCGUCAGCACCACGAUGGGCCAUGUGGAACUGAAGGUCAUCACCUUCCUGGAGCCUCUGAAGCCCUUUAUAGCCAUCAUUGUCGAGGUGAUUGUCCUGGUCGCUGCUAUUCUGAUCUACGAGAAAAGCCAGUCGAAGAAAAACUCUGCAGGAGGAAAUGAGACGAAUGCUGACCAAACCAACACACCGACGCCUGGAGACAAUAACGGACCCGAGGAAAGCUCGUCAACGAGACAGCGCAAAGCUUAAAGACAGUCCAGAACGUUCUGCUUGGUUUUUUUCCCUCAUUCUCAAAUGUGAACCUAAGAGCUUAGUAAUAUUAAAACAAACACGUUGUGAAUUUGUCACUCAUGAUAAAUCAAAGCAAUAACCUUCACUUUAUAAUCACUCACUCGAUUUGUGAUCUUUUUGAGUUGAAACCAUUCCAUAACCUCACGUUCCUGAAGCGAAACCUGCUUCACACCUUUACACUGCCUUUGUCACUCAGUUCAAGCAAAAGUAUAACGUCUUUACUUAUUAUUUAUGGAUGUGUGCCUUACACUCUCAAAGAGCGAAUGACUUCCCAUUUAACAUGUGCUAGCAAUGUGUCACAUGAUAUUUAUAUUACUUUAAUGACAUGUCAUAUCAAGAUAUAUCAUCACAUAUGCAGAUAUUUAUAUUAUAUAUAGUUUCCAUGUAAUGUAACUUGUAAUCAGAAGAUGAUCAGAAGGGAUAUAUUUUCCUCCGAAUUGUGAUUCAGUGUGUUUCACUAUUUAUGUAAACAAGAAGAUUAAAACGUUACAAAUCA